CGCGGCAAAGUGGGGGCGCAGUUUAUGCUUCCAAAAUCUGCCCGUACCAGCAGUGUCAGUCGACGAGAGCUGAGUGAAUUGCAGGUCUGCAAGACUGUGUACGCCUGGCUUCCCUCAAACUUUGGGUCCAUUACUCACGUUUCUACUCGGCGCACACAGAGACCGCGUCCCUUGUUUUGCUGUCAGGCAAAGAAUCGGUUUCUCCUUACAAACCGUGUUUCAAGGAGAUCGGGUCCAAAACACACCGGUCCAAGGGGAAGCUGCGUGUCCACUGCGAUCUACCCGGGGACUGAUACGGAGUAAUUUGGCUGUCGAUGUGGAUAGCGCGGUGAAACUGGAAUUACUUUAACUUUACAUUGAACUGCUUCAUCGCAUUUUCUGGCUCGUGCUGAUCGGAACCUUCACUCCAGUUUGGCAAAACUGGAAUUUGCAGACUAUUUGGUGUUGUGUGCAGAUGCCCAGAGCCUGGCGCUGGGGCACGUGGAGUAGUGAGCAGUGCCUGCCGGCUCCCCAUGGCUCCCCCCGCGGCAGGAGCCCCAGCGGCCCCCGCACCCUCCACCAGACCCCGCACCGCCCCCCGCCGCCUGCCCCUGCUGCUGGGCAUCCAGCUGCUGCUGCUGCUGCUCCCGCUGCCCGCCCUGGGUAUCGGCAUGGGCAGAGGACCCAGAGUGCCCAGCGCUGUUUCUGAGUCGCCCUGCCACAGAGCCGAACACCCGCUCAUCUCACACACAGACAUUGAGCCGUGGAUCCACAGGUUCUCCUCCAGAGGCACAGUAGAUUACUCACAGUUGACCUUCGACCCCGGCCAGAACGAACUGAUUGUCGGAGCAAGGAAUCAUCUUUUCAGGCUUCGUUUGGAGGACCUUGCACUGAUCCAGGGGGCUGAGUGGCACUGUGAUGAGUUCACCAAGGGAGCUUGCUUCAGCCGCGGCAAGUCGGAGGAGGAGUGCCAGAACUACAUCCGUGUGCUUCUGGUUAAUGGAGACCGACUCUUCACCUGUGGCACGAACGCCUUCACCCCCAUUUGCACCAAUCGAACGCUGACCAACCUGACGGAGAUCCACGACCAGAUCAGCGGCAUGGCCCGCUGCCCCUACAACCCCCUGCACAACUCCACCGCCCUCAUCACCUCCAGCGGCGAGCUGUAUGCCGCCACCGCCAUGGACUUCUCCGGACGGGACCCCGCCAUCUACCGCAGCCUGGGGGGGCUGCCCCCCCUCCGCACCGCCCAGUACAACUCCAAAUGGCUCAAUGAACCCAACUUUGUGUCGUCGUACGACAUUGGGAACUUCACCUACUUCUUCUUCCGUGAGAACGCGGUGGAGCACGACUGCGGGCGGACGGUGUUCUCGCGCGUGGCGCGCGUGUGCAAGAACGACAUCGGCGGCCGCUUCCUGCUGGAGGACACGUGGACCACCUUCAUGAAGGCGCGGCUCAACUGCUCGCGCCCGGGCGAGAUCCCCUUCAGCUACAACGAGCUCCAGGGCACCUUCUUCCUGCCCGAGCUGGAGCUGCUCUACGGCAUCUUCACCACCAACGUGAACAGCAUUGCAGCGUCAGCAGUGUGUGCCUUCAACCUGACCGCUGUCACCCAGGUGUUCAGCGGGCCCUUUAAGUACCAGGAGAACUCACGCUCAGCAUGGCUACCGUACCCCAACCCCAACCCAGACUUCCAGUGUGGCACCAUCGACUACGGCUCGUACGUGAACCUGACGGAGCGCAACCUGCAGGACGCGCAGAAGUUCAUCCUGAUGCACGAGGUGGUGCAGCCCACGCUGCCCGUGCCCUACUUCAUGGAGGACAACGUGCGCUUCUCCCACGUGGCCGUGGACGUGGUGCAGGGCAAGGACAUGCUCUUCCACAUCAUCUACCUGGCCACAGAUUACGGCACGAUAAAGAAGGUGCUGUCCCCGGUGAAUCAGUCCAUGGGCAGCUGUCUCCUGGACGAGAUCGAGCUGUUCACUGACCGCAGGAGGCAGCCCAUCCGCAGCCUGCUGAUUCUGCACAGCCGCAGCGAGCUCUUCGUCGGGGUCAGGGACCAGGUCAUCAAGAUCCCACUCAUGCGCUGCAACUUCCACAAGAACAGAGAGGCCUGCAUCGGCGCCAGAGACCCCUACUGCGGCUGGGACCUGGUCCUGAAGAAGUGCACCACCCUGGAGGAGAGCCUCAGCAUGAGCCAAUGGGAGCAGAGCAUCACCGCGUGCCCCGUAAGAAACGUGACAGUGGACGGAAGCUUCGGGCCGUGGACAGGAUGGAAGCCGUGUAGCCACAGUGACGGGGGCAGUGUUGGAGCCUGUGUGUGCAGGACGAGGGCGUGUGACCACCCCAGUCCCCAGUGUGGCGGCCGAGACUGUGAGGGCCUCAGUGUGGAGGUCGCCAACUGCUCCAGAAACGGCGGCUGGACACCGUGGACGGCCUGGGCACCCUGCAGCACCAGCUGUGGCAUCGGCUUCCAGGUGCGCCAACGCGCCUGCAGCAACCCCGCGCCACGCCACGGGGGCAGAGUGUGUGUGGGCCAGAACCGCGAGGAGAGAUAUUGUAAUGAGCACUUGCCCUGCCCACCUCAUGUGUACUGGUCAGCCUGGUCGCCAUGGGAACGCUGUUCGGUGCCGUGCGGAGGAGGCAUUCAGUCUCGCAGGAGGACGUGUGAGAACGGCAACGAGUGUCCAGGGUGCAGCCAGGAGUACCAGUCCUGCAACACCCUCCCUUGUCCUGACCUCAAGAAGACCACCCCGUGGACGCCCUGGACUCCGGUCAACAUCUCGGACAACGGCGGCCACUACGAGCAGCGCUUCCGCUACACGUGCAAGGCGCGCGUGCCCGACCCCAACCUGCUGGAGGUGGGCCGGCAGCGGAUCGAGAUGCGCUACUGCUCCAGCGACGGCUCCACGGGCUGCUCCACGGAUGGUGACCUCCUGCGUUCCGGCCGUAUCACGGGCCUGACGGUCAACGGUGGCUGGUCAGCGUGGGGCUCCUGGUCCCAGUGCAGCCGUGACUGCAGCCAGGGCAUCCGCAGCCGCAAGCGCACCUGCACCAACCCCAAGCCCAAGUACGGAGGCCUCAGCUGCCUGGGGCCCGCACAGGAGUACCAGGAGUGCAACAUGACACCGUGCCCAGUGGACGGGGGCUGGUCGUGCUGGUCACCUUGGUCCAAAUGCUCGGUGACAUGUGGAGGAGGGCACUACAUGCGCACCCGCACCUGCAGCAACCCCCCACCGGCCUACGGAGGGGACAUCUGCCUGGGACUGCAUACUGAGGAGGCUCUGUGCAACACGCAGCCCUGUCCAGAGAGCUGGUCAGACUGGUCCGAGUGGACCCGCUGCGACGCCCUGAACGCCCAGAGCCGCGUGCGCCACUGUGACGUCCUCUUCCCCACCGGCAACCAGUGCUCGGGCAACAGCAGCGAGACGCGGCCCUGCCCGCCCGACUCCAACUUCAUCCCAGAAGUAUCCAUCGCUCGCUCCAGUCAAGAUGACCGGCGGUGCGGAGACUUUAACGUGUUCCACAUGAUCGCGGUGGGCCUGAGCAGCUCCAUAUUAGGUUGCCUGGUGACCUUGCUGGUGUAUACCUACUGCCAGAGAUAUCAGCAGCAGUCCCACGAUGCAACGGUGAUCCACCCCAUCUCCGCUGCGCCGCUCAACACCAGCAUCACCAACCACAUCAACAAGCUGGACAAGUAUGACUCGGUGGAAGCCAUUAAGGCAUUCAAUAAGAAUAACCUGAUACUGGAGGAAAGAAACAAGUACUUCAACCCUCAGCUUGCCGGAAAAACAUACACCAACGCAUACUUCACAGACGUGAACACCUACGAUGACUAUUAAAGGGAUUUACUUGUGACCAGUGCUGUUUGGAUGGAUACCCAAGUAUCAAUAUCAUCAUCACCAUCACCUCAUGCAUACUGUAGUAGAUACCGUAGUUUGUCCCUCUGUUUUUUUUCUCGCUUUUUUGUGGUCUGUUAUGAGAUGUGAGAAACCUUCCGUGUGGGACCAUGUUACUGACCGAUGCCAGCCGACGCCUGUUGAAUACUGUGAGACUCGCUUCCUCGCCCCCCUAGAAGGACGUCAGUUUUAGCGGCUCGCCAGGUGCCUCGGGAAGUUCUUCUGCUGAGAAAACUCGAUUUUCAGCUCUAUGUCACGUGUCAGGACAGAGGAAAAAAUCCUGGGAUGAGGUCUAUUUUUUCUUUCUCCCAACAACGAAAAAAAAAAGGAACUUGAAGAGGAAUUAAUCACUGUUUGAUCCCUGUGAACAAUACAGAGCCUAAUGAAAUAAAACGAUGAAUAAAAAAUGUUCUUUUUGUUUGUAGCGGAUGACGCCACAGGAGUUGCUUUGCAUGACUUCAUCGGAUGUGUCCUAGGUUGCUUCAUCUCUUUGCAUGGUUGAUCGCAUUCCAGAGUCUCAGGCCUGUCGUCCUGGAGACAGCUCUUCCUGUUUGUGCUGAGUCAGCAAGCCCCUGUGCCUCGCUGAGGACCCCUCUGUGGUGCCCAGUGCUUUCGCCCGCCCAGAAAGAAGAGUUUGGCUGAGCCAGACUAAGUCAGACAAUCACAGUGUAGAUACCGUACUUAGGGGCACUGGCCAGUUCUGCUCUGUAGCCGACGAAGGCUCUUGUUAGUUGAAAUUUGAUGGUUGAAGUAUCAAUGUUUUUGUUGUAUAGUGAACUCACGACGAACUGUGUGUCUGUUGUAGCUUUUCUCGGUUUUAACCAUUAAACUACAGGUUAGUUUGACCAUCGUAACUCAUGUCAUCCAUCCAAGUCUCUCACCUUUGGACUGUAUACAGCGUAAGCUGAAAGUGUGAAACCGUAUAUGAAUAUUUUUCCCUAACAUUUUGAGUAUUACAAGCACAUGGCAGUGUUACAUAGCUUGUUGACAGCAUAGUAAAUGUGCUACACUUAAAACUGGUGCUCCUUAACACAAGCUAAUUGAUAAUUAUGCCAACUGUUUUUAUUCUUUACUUUCAGGAAACAAAAAAAAAAGAGAAAAAAAACUGUCAAAAAAAAUGACUUUUCUGUUAUGGAAACUAAAUAUUCAGCGCUACAUGUUUUUUCAAUUUCUACUAAUUCUGCUUUUGUUUUGUUCUGUUUUUACCUGUAAGUUUUGUUCUGCUUGUUUUCAAUGUGCAUAAAUUAAACUCGCU